AUGCCGACGUCGCUUCUGAGGUCAGCUGCUUGUGCGGCGCUCACGCUCCCGCAACGCGCGGCUCCUCUCAAGGCGAAGAAGCCCGCGGUGAAAAAGAACGUGAAAAAAGACUCGGGUGGGUUGCCGAAGCACCUCACGCGUUACUUGCCGUUCGUCCCCACCACGCUGGUUCACGAAACGACGAGUUUCCUCCACGAUGCAACGAAACUCCGCUCCCUCCUGGCCCUGAUUUUCUCGCCGUGCAAGCCGGAGGCGAGCGUCUCCGACGAGUUGGCCUCGCCUGCAGCGCGUCUCCAGUUUCAGCGGGAAAAGGAGCGAUACCACGCCGUCCGGGAUCAACACACCGACUGGUACCGCCGCCAUGAGAGCGCAGCCGCAGCGGCGAUGUGGGGCGCAAUCGAAGCGCUUCCCUCCGACCUCUACGGGGAAGCAGUUCAAUCUGCAACAUUUGCGCCGCCGUACGUUAACGAGCCGCCGCCGCCUGACCCAGCGGAAAGCCGGCCACCCGCGGGGAAAAGCGGAGCUGGCGAGGCGGACGCAAAGAGCGCUGGGAGUCGCGUACGUGCAGCCGGGACUCGCGAGGACGAAGCGACGCAGAAAGAGGGUACAGGCUUCUACCUGGAGAGGUUUGCGUUCCCGCGAGCCCUGAUGUUCCACGAAAUGUACGGCAAGCAGCUCUUCCAGUCCCUUUCCCCACUCGAACGGCGAAAACUGCAGGUCUUCAUGAAUUUGAUGCAUGUGCGGUAUCCUCACGCGGAGUUGAAGCGCGACAAACCGGGGUUGUUCUGGCUGCCGGAGAGGCAAGUGCUCAGUCGACAGCGCGAGGGAGCUCACAAACGAAAAGGCGCAAAGUGA